UUACUACUUGAACUUCAACACUAACAAUACAUUGGGUGAUCUAUGGCUACCUCCAUUGUCUCUUAUCUUCUAAAUCUAUGGCUUCUCAUAUUUUUGUCCAAAAAUGUCAACUCUGCAUUUGAUGGAAGAAAAAUUGCUCAACACAACACCAAUCUUCAAUUUAUCCACACCAUUCAAGUCACCAUUUUUCUUCCACUACCUCACUGCAAACACUCUACCAAAGCUGGGAAGGAAAAUAAGGCAUUAUUGAAGGUAGUCCACAAGCACGGUCCGUGCUCCAAAUUAAAUCAAGAAAAUGCAAAUGCUCCAAAUCUGAAGGACGUUCUACUUGAGGAUCAAUUCCGAGUUGAUUCGAUCCGAUCAAAGCUCGAGGCUGGUCGGAGCGAUGCGAAGCAGACAGACGGUGUGAAGCUUCCGGCUGAGAACGGGCGGUCACUUGGCUCAGGGAAUUAUGUUGUGAGCAUUGGACUGGGUUCUCCUGAGCAAGAAGUGCCGCUUAUUUUUGACACUGGAAGUGACCUUACUUGGGCUCGAUGUAAAGUUGAUCAAUCUUUGAAUCCAUCGAACUCCACUUCCUAUGUCAACGUUACUUGCUCCUCGACCAUUUGUAAUUCCCUUAAUUCCGCUACAGGUAAUCCUUUAAGAUGUGCAAGCUCAACAUGCGUCUACCAAAUUCAAUACGGCGACGGAUCAUUCUCAGUUGGGUUCCUAGCCACAGAAAAGCUCACCAUAGCAUCAACAGACGUAUUCAACAAUUUCUACUUCGGCUGCGGCCAAAACAACCAAGGCCUGUUCGGAAAAACCGCCGGAUUACUUGGUCUCGGCAGAGAUAAACUCUCCGUCGUCUCACAAACCGCUUCAAAAUACAACAAACUCUUCUCCUAUUGCCUUCCCGCUUCAUCAAGCUCAACAGGUUUCCUAUCGUUCGGCUCUUCACAGUCCACAUCCGCCAAAUUUACACCAUUAUCCUCCUCCGCCUCCAGCUUCUAUAACCUGGACAUGACCGGAAUUUCCGUUUUCGGCGACAAGCUGGAUAUUCCGGCAUCGGUGUUUGCAAAUUCAGGCACUAUCAUCGAUUCCGGCACCGUCAUCACGCGGCUGCCGCCAACAGCUUACUCUGCUCUCCGGUCAGCGUUCAGACAGGCGAUGGCUACGUAUCCAAUGGCGGAACCGUUCUCUAUACUGGAUACUUGCUAUGACUUGAGUAACUAUACGACUGUAAAGGUGCCUAAAAUAGUGCUUCAUUUUAACGGAGGCGUUGACGUGGAUGUAGAUAAGUCAGGUAUUUUUGUGGCAAGUGGAGUAAAGCAAGUGUGUCUGGGGUUUGCCGGUAACGGCGAUGACGGCCAAUUAGCAAUAUUUGGAAAUACACAGCAGAAAAAUUUGGAAGUUGUGUAUGAUGUGGGUGGUGAUAAAGUUGGGUUUGCUCCUUCAACUUGUAGUAGUUGAAUGUUUUUAAUUAAGUUUGUUCUGCAGUUCACAAGAAAAAAAGCCUUUAGGCGACCCACAUUUAGCUAA